AUGGCAGGGAUCCUCAAUCCUAGCUCAGCGGAUGUACGCACUUUAGCGACUAAAGUGACAGGCUCACCAUGCCAUUUCAUUCACAACACCGAAGUCGAGCCUCUUUGCGGCGGAGAAUACAUUGUCUAUGCUCUCGAGAGCUCCGACGAUAACCGUGUAUCUAUUCGCAUCCCUAAGAACCGAACGAACCCUCAUACGCCCCUUCUUCUCAAGCGAGAGACUGAGAUUCGGCAACGAAUCGAUAACGCCGGGUUACGCUUUUUCCAACCGCUCCUUGCUUUCAGCAGCACGACGGAAAACUCACUCCGCGCGCCGUUCCUAGCGCUCGGCUGGGCUGAGGAAGAGACUGCCUUGGACUGGAUUGAGUCGAAAAUCCAUCGCAAGAUCACCCGUGCCCAAGCUGGUAGCCUUCCUGGUGGUACAGUCGCUGAGUGCAAGCGACAAAUGGAACUCACCAAGAGUUACUGGAUACCCGAACUAGAUACCGCACCUCACGUGCUAGUUCAUGGCGACCUCUCAGGAAAUAACAUCAUUGUUGAUGGUAAUCAUUGUACUGUUCAGGGCAUUAUUGACCUCGGAUGGGCUGAACUUAUGCCGCUUCAGUUUGCGGCAGUCUACCCACGAUUCCUUACCCAUGAGCCAGUCAAAGGUGAAGGAUAUGACUGGACAGCGCGCAAUACUGAGCAGAUGGAACAGGACCGCGCUUUCUACCUGGAAUGCGUCAAGGAAAGAGCAUUCAGAGAGGAAGGGAACAUUAUGCUGAUGAACUACUACCGAGUUCUCGCUCGCGAGGAUGAGAUCGCUAGGUAUUGGUGGCUCACUGCCGCUAGUCGCAUCGACAUCCACCGGGCCAUGGCAGAGUGUGACUGGAGCCCUCCGGUCAAAGGGCCGAAGCAGAAUGGGAGCAAGAUAUAA